UGUGAGGUCUGUAGAGAAAAUACAGGUGUGGUUUAUACGGAGGCUAUAUUACCUGUUGUGAUCUGAGAUCUCUUCACUCCACAGAUACAGACUCAGAGAGAGAGACUUUUAUUUUGUCUUUUUAAUCUAGCUAUCUAUCAUUCCUCAUCUAGACAUGGAAGCAGUAUGGAACAGGAGAGGAUCUAAGGAACAUUUUUGGAGAAGUCAGCACUUAAGGCUAAAUGAUUUAAAAGAGAAAGCUAAAGCUGCAGGUUUGCGAAGUGAUUAUCUCUUCAAAGACAACAUCCCCGAAUCUCCUCGCCCAGAGUUUUAUGUAUCUCAUGUCAAACAUGACACAGACAAAGAGGGAUUGCGAGGCAUCAGGACGGAUAACGGCUUCAAGGCCCCCUUCAAGGACCCGUCCUCUGGGUUUGAUCUGCUGUGGUGGAGUCUGUCUGUUGGACCUGAUGAGAUAACGUCAGCUGAGAGGAGACUCCUGGAGAAAACCUACCCAGAUCAGAUGGAUCUCCUGGAGAAGUUCACCACCUCUCCAGCCUUCCUGAAGACCUCCAGGCUGGGCUCGUACCGCUUCACCUUCCCCCUGAAGGACCUACUAGAGGCCUACAGAGAACAGUUUUGCUCCGACGCUCCUCCCGUAAUGCGGGUGUUCAAGACUGUCCUGUACAAACAGGAAGUGAAUCACGUUGUGCUGGUCCACAGUCCAGAUCAGGAGCAUCAGUUCUCUGACUAUCCUCUGCUGACUGACAACCCAGACGCUGUCUGCACUUACAGAGACGGCUGCUUCAUCUGGAGGCCUGAGGCCAUGAGUGGGACACACGGAUAUGAGUUGAUUGUGGGAUCUGAUCAGAUGGAAGCCCAGCUGUUGAGUCGUAGCCAAACUGAGCAUUAUGUUUGGGAUAACGUCUCCAUCGCCCUGCAUGUGCCGAAUAAACAGGUGCUGAACUUUGCCGGCCGACUGAGAGAGAACCUCAAGUCCUGCCGUAGAGAAAUACUUACAAAGGAUGGUGUCACAUAUGAAGACUUCCCAACAGGGGAGCUUGUUAAUGAAUUGUGGCCUGACCAUCCCUCCCCACUGGAGAAAGAUGAAUAGCUAAAUUAAGUGUCAACAGUGUCACCAUCUGAUAGUUUUUCACUAUUAAAGUGUCUUCCCUGAAUCUU